AUGCCUUUUCGGCAGGCCAAGGCCGCGCCGGUACAAAACGGCACGCUGAAGGACGUCUGGACAAGGCUAUUCUCGUCACAACCGGUGACAAAGUCUCAGAGUGGCAACAGCGUCGGCAACACAUCAUGGAGGAGACUACAGUCAUUUCAACCCUUGGGAGGAGCGAUGCGCCACGGCGCUCCAAUGCGACCAACUGCCAGGAUAGCUGACAGCUUCGCGAGAGGAACACCGAAGCGGAACUUUGUAUUCUCGGCGUGGAGGCGCAAUACUGCGCAGGGGGCCAAGAAGAGUCUAUCGAUUAGGGAGAGAUUCAAGAAGCUCUCCAGAGAGUAUGGGUGGUCGGCCGUAGGCGUCUACUUUGCGCUCAGUGUGCUGGAUUUCCCGUUCUGCUUCCUCUUCGUGAGGUUGGUCGGAACAGAAAGGAUAGGCCAACUCGAGCAUUAUGUUGUAUCGGCUGUCGCAAAGGUCAUCCCGGAAUCAGUUCGGAUGAAGUGGAAUGAAUGGAGACACUCUCUCAAAAACGAAGAGAAAAGCCAUCUAGGCAGCAACGACAUCAGCGAAAGUGUGGAAAUGGCAGGCUGGGGCGUUGAGCAUGCGCAGGAACGCAACAAAGAAGAAGCCAGCCUGGCAACGCAGCUAGCGCUCGCAUAUGCUAUCCACAAGAGCUUCAUCUUCCUCCGAGUACCGUUAACCGCGGCGGUAACGCCCAAGGUAGUGAAGGUGCUUCGAGGCUGGGGCUGGGAUAUUGGAAAAAGGACCCCACGACCAUGA